GGUGGCAAGCGCUAUGGUCAACUUCGAAGCGACCAAGAAAGAAAUCUAGAUGAAAUCAACAAGGUGGGUUUAAAAGCUUAGUGAUACGUUAGUAAACUUACAAGACAAUUCACUGAUGAAUUCGCUUCCGGUUUCUCUGGCUUACCACUAUCCUGAUCUGUGUUUGCGACCUGUAUGUGAGAUGAAUAACUUACUUUAAAAUCGAAUACUUCUCAAGCUAAUCAAAGCUGAAGGGCUACGAAGUUGACGCUUCCGAAAUUGAAACCCUUUGCAUAAUUUCAGCCAGCUGGGGUUAAAGUUGCAUUUUAAUCAUUCCUUUAUUCAUCGACGCAGUCGACUUCAAAAGGCCUUGAACAUACGUUUGGCUUGCAUUGCUAAAUAACUCUAAAUAAAGAAUACUGUAUUUAUCCUAGUCCUUCGUAGACAGCGGCGAUUACGAUGAUGAAGAUGACUAUCCUGAUCUCAACGAUCGGCUGGAAGGCUACAAAAGUAAGUUGCGUCGAGGAAUACUAAUUAUGUUUGUUUGGCUUUUGAACAAUUGCCAGCAAUUUAUUUCAUGUGAGAAUCACGAAUAAUUCAAAUCCCAAAAGUGAUAUUCUUACGAUCGUUUUAUGUUUCUUGAGAUCUCAAGAGACCUUUUGACUCAUAUUUUUUUUUCUCGGUCAACAGAGCAGUUCAUGGAAUUUGACGAAGAUAAUUCGGGGGAUAUCGGUGAGUUUUCAUGCGUGAUAUCUAUAUCUAUAUGCGAUAAAACGAUGGCUGAAAUAUUGAUCUUAUAAUGCUUAGCAAAUAAAAGUAUUCAAGUGAAAGCAAACAAAGAUCUGCUACCAUAUUUGGAAUUUUCAUAACUUUGCCAUAAUGCAAUUUUUCAAUUAAGAUAAUUUUAUGUGAAUAGCUCUGUUUGGACUCUCGGUUAAACCCAUGAUUGACUGACAUUUUAAAAAAGUGAAAUUAAUAUGUCUACUAUUUUUUCGAGGUGUCUGGUGUAAGGGAACUACUGAUUAAAAAAAAACAAUUGCUACACAAAAAGACAGACCAAAGAUCAUCCGACCAAUUGUCAUCAAUUGUCAAAACAAAACCGCCCGAAAGCUUUCAGCGUUAAGGCUUUUUAAAAUGAAAAUAACUAUUUGACUACAUCGAUGGUGACAUGCAAUUAAUUGAUUUUCUUGCUUUCAAGAAUUCCGCAAAAUUUUAAAAAGGUACCUGAGAUAUCUUCCAUUUGACUCAGCGGACCAUCGUGUAAAAUGUUGUCACGCAAAACAACCAAUGUGUGACAUGUGAUCUGCUGCUAAAAGUUUUACCGAGAGUGAGAAUUGGUAGAGAAGCAACAGUAUUUCCGAUUCCCAGUUACGACUAUGCUUCUCUUCUUUUCUAGGAGCGACCAAAAGAAAAAAACAACACAAAAAUUGUCAUGCAGUUGGAUUCGUUUUUUUCUCUGUCUCAGUAGUGUGCACGUAUAUGCAUAUAGCUUGAACGACUAAAUUACCCUGUUGUACCCUUUCACCGACGCAGCACCACAGUUUCUUUAGAAAACUACCCCCCUUAUCUCUACGCUGUCCGCCAAGCUGUACUGCUUUCACUCGAGAAUUGGGUCGGGCUUAGCCCUUAUGCGGACGUUUUGGAAAACACAUCCUCGUUCGAGAGACUAUCUAAAGAUAAUUUGAAACGGUGACUGAACAACGAUGACAAUUGCCUUCGGUACACUUGGAGCACAACCAUCCACUCGGAAAGUCCUUGACUUGGAGCCUAUUAGCCCGUUGACCCCUAAAAGUGGCAGUUAGUCUCUUUUAACAUGAUCACGGAAUCACACAUCAGUGUCACGAAAGUAAAGGAAAUGAUCACAAACUAAAGAAGCUCUUAACUGUUCAAACAAAUUCUCCUUAAUUGUCAGCGCCUUAGGCAAUUUAAAGAGAACAGUCUGGAGAGUAUGCAUUUUGAUGUGAGGUUGUAACGAGUUAUCCCAACACUCCAAAUGGAAAGUCUCUAAACAGCACCUGGUAAAACAACGUUCCACUUUAAAGUGUCACAAAGAUAUCGAGGUUAAAUCUCUCUAUUUUAUCAUUUUUUUUUGUUAGACAUCAUGGAACUCAAACGCAUGAUGGAAAAACUUGGACAAGCGAAGACCCACUUGGAGCUGAAGAAAAUGAUCGCUGAAGUCGAUACAACGAACUCAGGUUGGUAUUCUAAAAAGUUAAGAGUGUUACGAUGCCUAAAAGACGAGUUAAAAACUAAUUACCGUCGCUGCACUCUAUAGGCUUGCUUUUCGUGACAAUGAAUGUUUUUAUUACUCUUGCAGGAACAAUUUCGUAUACCGAAUUUCUGACAAUGAUGCUCGGAAAGAAAUCAAGUGUUCUGAAAUUGUAAGUAUUCGGUACAUGCGCUUUGACAAAAACCAAAACAAAAAAAAAACAACAAAUGACUCACGCAGGGUUUUUUUUUAGGAGUAAUGAUCACCUUGUUUUUGAGGGUGACGGAGAAUACCCCCCUCUUUCUAUUCUCGUACCUAAGCCUCCCACGGCCAUGCAAUUGUACUUGCAUUUCAGUUAAAAGGUAGGAUCUGGGUACGAGAUUACCCUCUUUCCAAUCCCUUAAAAAAAUGCAUGGGGAAAAUUAAUUAAAUGAAAGGGUUGGGAGGGUGGGUGGGGCAGGGUGCUUCCUUAUACCGUUUGAAAAUGUUGAAAUAAAGAAACCUUGUUUAUGCUCUGUCCUUUCUCCACUCCCCUUAUAGGAUCUUGAUGUUUGAAGAAAAGAAGAAGGAGAAAGCAAAACCGAAAGGCGUCGCCCCAAAGAGAGAUCUUUCCAGCUUACCUUAG